CCCGACGCUUAGAGGCUAGUGAUUUUUCAGGCAUCUCUGGUUCGCGAGUCGCGACCUCUUGCUGAUAGAACAAUCUAUCAUCGCAAGAGUGCGCCGUCAUUGCCGGGCGCCAAGAACGUGUUCUCGAACAACGCAUCACCCUGCUUUUCAUUCCACCUCAUGACCCCAAAUACCAAGAUGGAAACUGGACCGGCCAAGCUUGAAAAACUCAUGGCAUCGUGUGAACAUGGCAUCUGGGGCUUCGUGAUCUACCGCAGCGCUUACGGACCAGAUUCCGACACCGACUUUUCCGCCUUCAUCCAACACCUCAAAGAGCUAGUCGCGGAGUACGAUGAAAUUUACGGCAAGCAUCCGAUUCUUCGAGAAACCGACGUGGGCGAUAUCCGAGGAUCGCAAUCAAUCAGAAAAUGUUAGGCAUGCGCAGGGACAUGGCCCGUGAGAGUUCGAGUUAUUGGGUGUCUUACUAGACAAUCCCUUGGAUUGGAUAGAUAGUCAAAAGUGGUCGUUAAGCAUAUCACCCUGGCCACAGCUGUCUGACUGCCUCAGUGCAACUAUCACACACGCAUCGCGCCUGCCGCUAAUAUCAUUUUUGCAGACGAG